UGUGCGCUGCUUCCCGCAGACCCGCCUGCUCAGCGCGCGCAGUCCUCUGAGAGAGAGAGUGAGAGAGAGAGAGCUCCAGCUUCAGGGCCGAACACUGAGGUGUCAGCGCAUCCGGACACAGGGCAGCCAUGGCCCUGCUCGAUCUCGCCCUGCAAGGCUUCUCCAUCUUCGGCUUCCUCUUGUUCAUCGUGCUCUGGCUCAUGCACCUCGUGUCCAUCAUCUACGUCCGUCUGCAUCUCAACAAGAAGACCACAGAAAAGGUGCCGUACAGCAAACUGGCUGGUGUAUCGCUGCUGAAGCCCCUCAAGGGUGUGGACCCCAAUCUCAUAAACAAUCUGGAGACGUUUUUUGAGCUGGACUAUCCCAAGUAUGAAAUUCUGCUGUGUGUCCAAGACCAUGACGAUCCAGCCAUUGAUGUUUGUAAAAAGCUGCUGGGCAAAUAUCCGAAUGUUGACGCCAGGUUAUUUAUAGGAGGUAAGAAAGUUGGUAUCAAUCCAAAAAUAAAUAACCUCAUGCCCGCUUAUGAAGGGGCAAGGUACGAACUCGUCUGGAUCUGUGACAGUGGCAUUCGAGUGAAGCCAGACACUCUCACUGAUAUGGCCAAUCAGAUGACGGAGAAGGUGGGACUGGUUCACGGUCUUCCUUACGUGGCAGACAGACAAGGAUUUGCCGCCACAUUGGAGCAGGUUUAUUUUGGAACGUCACAUCCUCGUUCCUACAUCUCAGCCAAUGUAACGGGAAUCAAGUGCGUCACAGGGAUGUCGUGUCUCAUGAGGAAGGACAUCCUGGACCAAGCGGGCGGGCUGAUUGCAUUUGCCCAGUACAUCGCUGAAGAUUACUUCAUGGCCAAGGCCAUCGCAGACAGAGGAUGGAAAUUUUCCAUGGCAACGCAGGUAGCCAUGCAGAAUUCAGGCUCGUACUCCAUUGCACAAUUCCAGUCUCGCAUGAUCAGAUGGGCCAAGCUGAGAAUCAACAUGCUGCCGGCCACCAUCAUCGAGCCCAUCUCUGAGUGCUUUGUGGCCAGUCUUCUCAUCGGCUGGGCCGCCCACCAUGUGUUUCGCUGGGACAUCAUGGUGUUUUUCCUGUGCCAUUGCCUGGCCUGGUUCAUUUCGGAUUACAUCCAGCUGAGAGGAAUACAGGGCGGCCCUCCAUCCUUCUCCAAGCUGGACUACGCAGUGGCCUGGUUCAUCAGGGAGUCCAUGACAAUUCAGAUUUUCUUGUCCGCUCUUUGGGACCCCACCAUCAGCUGGAGGGCGGGACGCUACCGAUUGCGUUGCGGAGGUACGGCAGAGGAAAUCUUGGAUGUUUAAAUGGCACCGUGUGCCUGGGACUAUGCACUGAUGUGUACAUGGACACAGAACUGAGAAGAUGUGGGCGCAGAUGGACAAACGAACUGCAACUUUUUUUUGUUUUGGGUUUUAUUCCAACUUCUGAUAGUUUUUAACCUGUGACUUUAGCAAAUAGAUUAUUUAUGUCCUUGGUGCUUUUUUUGUUUUCCUGUGCGGUCUCUUGACAAUUGAGACCUCGUUCUAGAUGAGCCAAAAGUUUUGAAGAAGAGAACUUGUGUGGAAACUAUGUCUGGCGAGGAGGCGGCACUUCAGCGGGCAUCAGUAACCCUGAUAAAAACGUAUCUAAAUGUAACUUUUUUUUCUUUUCUUUUUUUUUUUAAAGGUCCCUGCAACAUGUUUAGUGGUAGUUGAACAGCUCUGUAUUUCGUGACAUUUAUAAUGAGUUGGAUGAACAGUACAGUUUUUAACGAUAAUAGUGGGGUGGAGAAUGACUGAAGCCUUUUAAAAUGGCGCUAGCGCAUGAAUGGAUCACUUGCUUAUCACAGUGUUGCUCUCAACAUACAGCACUCUUGCCAUAUUUGAUACAUUUUUGGACUUCUGAAUGCUCGAAACGGAUGCACUCAGGUCCAUUUUAUGUUUACUGGACAGAGCAAUAUCUUCGGUAGAAGUUAUACAUAGAGAAUUGUGGCAUACUGUCGACGACUCUUGUACAGUCUUUGCAUUCUCCCUGCAGUAUUCGAGCAUGAGGUUUACUCCUCAACAUGAUAUCUGCAGAUUUAAUCGCAUAUCUUAUGAAAUUUAGUGCCAUUUGAAGAGCAAGCGGUUCUAUUGUUAUAAUAGCAUCUAUAACGCUUGGCAUCUUUAACGCUUUUCUUCAAGGUCUUAAUCUUCCCGUGCUUCGUUCUCUGCAGUAGUUGCUCUCGUACCAGGAUCAGGGUUUCCUAAAACACACUUCCUGCCCUGCUGCUGUUUGUUUGAGAAGCUGUCAGUAUUUUCUUGAUGUUUGACUGGAUGUAAGUGCAUAAAUUGUCCAAACAUUUCAUCCGAUGUCAUUUCAGUUAGCCCUUAAACCAAAUUCUCUUGACGUCAAGCAUUUUAGAAGUUAAAGUGUACUCAUUUUUUUUUAAACAAUUUGGCAUGAGUGAGUGUUCAAUUUUAUAUAAACCUUUGCGUUUACACUUUGAUGCAUUUCAGAAUAUGACAGUCGCACUCUACUCGUUCGCCAUUAACAUAAAUACUCUUACAGUCAAACAGUAUUCACGAAACAACUGACAUUCUUCUCCAUCUUCCCCUUUUUUUCCACGGUUGUAUCUCGAGGAACUGCUUAUUUUUUUUGUUUUGUACUGCUACCAGUUUGUUGUUAAACCGCUUUUUCUGCAUUUUCCUCAUUUCUUGACUCUUGCUGCUAUUCGUUCAUAAAUCAUACCGCUGAUCGUGAGCAACCCAUGCCAGCACUGGCAGUAUUGUUUAACAGAUAACCUACUCGUUCACCUGAACUGUUCAAGCCUUGUUGUUAUUUUAAAACCAUAAUAUGUGAUUCAGAAAAAAAGCCGUGUGCAUGUGUCUUCAUAUUCCAUCAGCUGCCAUUUAGGAAGUACUAAACACUGUUUUAGCCCAAUGCCAACCCUCCAUUGUUUGUGUGUUUGUUCUGGUGUUGGUUUAUUACUUCUCAUUUGAAUACAUCUGAUUUUGUUCUACUGAACGCUUUGGGCUAACUAUUGGAAAUAAACUGUGUUUUGUGCAUGAGGCCACGGAAUGAAUGCCAUUUGUUCGUAACAUGGCAGUUGAAGUAUUAACAGUUGGGGAUCAAUCAAUUAGCAAUAAUCAUAUACAUUAUUAGUUUUACUCUAUUCAGGCUGUGAAACGAACUCAAGCUUCCAAACCCAUUUCUGUGUCCAUUUGUGGUAUAAUUAACAUUUCAGAUUUAGUUGACCGUUACGCAUUGAUCAUACCUCAGUGGGCCUCAUUCAUAAAACACGAACAGAGUUUUUGUGAAAUCAUUCUUACGUAAGCUACAUGUGAAACCAGUUACAUUGAAUAACUGGUAAAACUAUUCUUCUGUAAAUUGGAAUUGGUUUUUACAAAUUAUUCAAUUGAAGGUAACAAUUUUGGUUUUAUUAUUCAGUUUGGUGUGUCAGUUUAUGCAAACAAGGUUUUGCGAAUUAUUCCAAUAAUUCUUUAGUAAACCGUUGCACUGAAUUGAAUAAUUUAAUCAAUUCUUGCAUAAUAUAGAUUGAAUAAUUAGUUCAAACCAUUCUUGCAUAAACGAUCGCAUGAAUUCUGUGCUACAAUUAUAUAAUAAUGGUCUCGGCAUAACUUAAAAACGGUUUUAUGAAUGACUAAGAAAUUAAUUCUGCUUUUGAAUAAGGCCCGAUGUGAUGUAGUUCUGCACCAUUGAUCAAACCGAAUGUACCUUCGCAUGAACAUGUGACGAUAACGUUUUUUCAUCGUCUAUCGUAACGCCUGAAACACCACCGUAGAAACUUUAGGGAAUGGGAAAGCUGGCA